UUUACGGAUUUUAAGAAACGGCGAAAAGAAGGAACGGCCACACUAGCAUGCUCUGCGAAAGGCAAGAACCAAAAAAGUAAAACGAAACUUAACAGAUGAAAUCGAAAUACUCGCAUUGAAUUUCAAAACUGAGAAGCCGACGCGUGCGUCCAGUAAUAGAUAAUCCCCCGAACCGGAAAACCGACUCUAUUUGACCGGAAUCCGAGUCCCUACAGCGUCGUCGUACAAAAUCCGAGCCAAGCUGCCGAGUUGCCGCCAUGCAAGCAAGCAAUUCGACACCCGCCGCUGCCAGCGCAACCAAAACAACAACAAAGCCGGAUGCCACACCGCCGGAUGACCAAGGCAAAGAUGAUCCGCCGCCGGCCACCGUCCCAGCCGAUGAUACCUCUGGGCUGGAGGAUACCUCGGCGUCCGGGGCCACCGCCGCCGAGCCCAGUGCCACAACCGGAGAGACAGAAACAGACACAUCAGCCGUCGACGACGCCGUCCAGGAGGCGGAGGAGCGCGAGGAGUUGCAACAGUUCGUCCAGGAGCUGAGGGACAAAAUUGAGAGCAAGCGCCAGCUGCGCCAUCAAAACUCCGUCUUCGAGCUGCCCGGAGAGGAGCACUUCGCCCGCCUCGACUCCAAUCUCAAGAAGAACACCGCCUUCGUGAAGAAGCUGAAGCUCUUCACGGCCACCCAGCUGGAGGCACUGCUUAAGGAGCUGUCCGCCCUCAAUCUCAGCAAGUACAUAUCGGAGAUCUGCGCCGCCCUGGCCGAGGCGAAGCUCAAGAUGACGGAUGUGCCGGCUGUGGUGACUCUGGCCUCCCGGCUGCACUGCACCUACGCGGACUUCGAUGUCCAGUUCCUGGAGGCCUGGCAGAAGGCCCUCAAUAUAAAGGCCACCGAGAAGAUCAACAAUCCCAGCAAGCUGCGCGUGGAUCUGCGUCUCUUCGCCGAGCUGGUCAGCUCCGGCGUGAUACAGAUGAAGCCGGGGCUGGCCCAGCUGGGCGUGGUGCUGGUGCACCUGAUAGCCCAGGACAAGGAGGACCACAGCAACUUCUCCAUCAUACUCUCCUUCUGCCGGCACUGCGGCGAGGAGUACGCCGGCCUGGUGCCGCAGAAGGUGCAGCAGCUGGCCAACAAGUACGGCGUGGAGGUGCCCAAAUCCGAGUUCCUUACCGCCGACAAGCAGCUGAAUCUGCGCAACAUGCUGAAGGGCUACUUCAAGGCGCUGUGCAAGCACGUCCUGGCCGAGCAAGCGGAACUGAUGAACAUGACCAAGAACAUUCGGCGCACCAUGGAGUGCAAGGGCGAGAUCUCCACGGAGAAGCGGGAGAAGUGCGAAGUUAUGCAGGCCAGCUUCGACAAGCUCCUGGCCUCCGCUCAGUCCCUGUCGGAGCUCCUGGGCGAGCCCCUGCCCGAGCUGGCCAAGGAGUCGGAGUGCUGCAACCCGGGCACCGUCAUCGACAACAUGCUGGACAGUGCCGCCUUCGGAGUUCUCGAUCCAUGGGGCGACGAGGAAACGCGCUCCUUCUACACGGACCUGCCGGACUUGCGGCAGUUUCUGCCCAACUUUUCGGCCCCCAAGGUGGAUCUGGAGCAGAUGGAGGAGCCCAGCGAACUGACCGAGGAGGCCAUAGAAGCCAAUCUCGAUGCAGAAAUGGAUAUCGACGAUCCGCCCUCGACCGCAUCGGACUCGGCCGACAACCCGCCAAGCGAAGAAUCACCAGCAGCAGGGGCAGCUGGGGCAGCAGGUGCUGGAACUGCAGCUGGAGCCACGCCCACUACUCCGGUCAGUGAGGAGGUGAAGCCCCAGAAGAUGGGCACCGCCCUGAUGGAGCUCGGGCGCCAGCAGCAGAACCAGAAUGGGCAGACCCAGAACCAGAACCAGACCCAGCUGCGACAGCAGUUCGACACGUUCCUGGUUAAUCUCUUCAACUGCGUCAACAAGGAGCUGAUCGACUCGGCGGCCAUCGAAUUCCUGCUCAACUUCAAUACGAAGCACCAGCGCAAGAAGCUGACCAGGACGAUCUUCUCCGUGCAGCGCACACGGCUGGACAUCCUGCCGUAUCUGUCGCGCUUCGUGGCCAUCGUCCACAUGUGCAACACGGACGUGGCCGCCGAUCUGUCCGAGCUGCUGCGCAAGGAGUUCAAGUGGCACAUCCGCAAGAAGAACCAGCUGAACAUCGAGUCGAAGCUGAAGAUUGUGCGCUUCAUCGGGGAGCUGGUCAAGUUCGGGCUCUUCAAGAAGUUCGACGCCCUCGGCUGCCUCAAGAUGCUGCUGCGCGACUUCCAGCACCACCAGAUCGAGAUGGCGUGCGCCUUCGUGGAGGUCAGCGGCGUCUACCUGUACAACUGUCGCGACGCCCGGCUGCUGAUGAACGUCUUCCUGGACCAGAUGCUGCGCCUGAAGACGGCCACGGCCAUGGACUCGCGACACGCGGCCCAAAUCGAAAGUGUCUACUAUUUGGUGAAGCCGCCGGAGUCCUCGAAGAAGGAGGCUGCGCCGCGGCCGCCGAUGCACGAGUACAUCCGCCACCUGAUCUUCGAGGAGCUGUGCAAGCAGAAUGUGGAGCGCUGCAUCAAGAUGCUGCGUCGCAUCAACUGGCAGGAUCCGGACACGAGCGGCUACGCCAUCAAGUGCCUCAGCAAGGCCUAUCUGUUGCGCUUCCCGCUGGUGCGCUGCCUGGCCGAUCUCGUCUCCGGCCUGAGCUCCUAUCAGCCGCGCGCGGUGACCAUUGUGAUCGACAACGUGUUCGAGGACAUACGCGCCGGCCUGGAGAUCCACUCGCCGCGAAUGGCCCAGCGGCGCAUCGCCAUGGCCAAGUACCUGGGCGAGAUGUACAACUACAAGCUGGUGGAGUCCACGCACAUCCUCAACACCUUGUACUCGAUCAUCUCGCUGGGCGUGUCGAUGGACCAGAAUGUGAUCUCGCCGCUGGACCCGCCGGACAGCCUGUUCCGGCUCAAGCUCGCCUGCAUGCUGCUGGACACCUGCGGCCCCUACUUCACCAGCCAGGCGACGCGGAAAAAACUGGACUACUUCCUGGUCUUCUUCCAGCACUACUACUGGUUCAAGAAGUCGCAUCCCGUGUUCAGCAAGUCGGAGAACACCUCAGACCUAUUCCCCAUCCUGGUGGACCACACCUACCGCGACUGCCUGACCAGCGUGCGGCCCAAGCUGAAGCUCUACAAGAGCCUGGACCAGGCCAAGGCCGCCAUAGACGCGCUGCAGGAGAAGCUGUACCCGCAGCUGAAGACCAACUCCAACCAGGACACUCCCCUGACCACCAUCAGCGAAAUCAGCGAGCUGGACGAGGCUGCCACUGACGAGGAUUCGGGCUCAUCCAACGAGCAGAGGGAGCGCCAGGUGGCGGGCCAGGAGCCGGAGCAGGGCAACGACUGGACCGAGAACGAGACGGAGCCGCUGCCAGCGCAGCCCCUGCCGCAAGAGAAGUCCAAGGAGGACCUGGAGUUUGAGCAGAUGUACGAGAAGAUGACCACCGACUCGUACCAGGAGCGGCUGAAGGAGCCCAUCAAGGCCACGCCCAAGGACAUACCCGUGCCGAUGACUGCCCGCCUGCAGAAGAAGUCCUACGAACAGCUGACGAACUGCAACGUCUCCGCCACUGCACCGCAGCAGAUAUCAAAGGCAGACACCGGUGGUGGGGGCAACGGAGGAGCGCCCAGCUCGCCAGGCACUGAUCCGCCGGAGGCUGGCAAGCCCGGUGGCAAUGGCGGAGCUGUGCCCUUCGUCCUCAUGGUGCGCGGCAACAAGGGCGGCAAACAGCAGUUCAAGUCGUUCGUGGCUCCGUCCGACUCCCACCUGGCCAUCAACCUGAAGCUGCAGGAGCAGAAGAUCCGCGAGGAGAAGGAGAAGGUCAAGCGGCUGACGCUGAACAUCACGGAGCGGAUCGAGGAGGAGGACUACCAGGAGUCCCUGCUGCCGCCGCAGCAGCGCAACUUCACGCAGAGCUACUACCAGAAGCCCAACAAGCACAAGUUCAAGCACCAGAAGGGCGCGCCCGAUGCGGAUCUGAUCUUCCACUGAAGAGCAUGUCGAGAUGGUGACUAGGAGGGAUGCACCCAAUCCUGGCCAGACGACGCCUGACCAGCCAUCGAUGCUGACUGCGAUUGUGCUGACACAUAACUCGGAAUCGGAAUCGGUAUCUGAAACGGAAACGGAAACGGAAACUGAAUCGGAAUCGAAAACGAAAUCCAAUCGAAAUCGAAGACGGAAAUGGAAAAGGAAAUGGAAAUGGAAACUGAAAGGGAACCGGAACCGGAACCGGAACCGGAACCGGUAACGGAAGAGCGCCGUGCUCCAAGAGCCAGUUGCUAAGAUGUCCUGGGAGGACGAGGCACAAUCCAGGAGACACAAAUCCGACUCAUACACACUUAAGACCGAACCGCAAACGCAGAAGCAGUACUUAACGCUAGAGAAGCCAUCAGGCCACCAGUCCACCAGUACACCAGUCCACACACUCAAAGACGAUAGAAACGAUCCACUCAACCGAACCGCUUCGUCCUCAGCCCGGACACUAUCCUGUACAUAUACACAAUCACAUACUCUACUAAUCAGAUCCAGGUCCAGAUCCAAGCGAACCCCAUUUCCCGAUCCCAGUUCUGAUUUAACAUUUAGACACUACUUAGUACGUACGAUUUGCCUAGACUUGUUUCGAAAACAAACUCUUGUAUACAACGAUAUAUAUAUGAACCUUAAAAUAUGAAAAUAUAUAUAUAUUGUGCAAGGAUACAUAUACAUAUGUUAUAGACAUCCGAUCGAUUGGCCCGGAUGAUCGCCUGAAGAACUGAGUUUUUCUCUUUUUUUUUUGUUUAUUUGGCGGCCACCCACACGACUCCUCCUCCUCCUAAUCCUCCUCCUCCUGCUCCGCAACAGGUAGCUUAAAGUCAUAGUUGGUUUUCUCAUCUUUAUUUCACUAAAAUUAGCUUCAAACAGUUUUAUUUUUCAUUUUAUACUUUUGUAUAUUGCCAGUGUUGCCACCUAGUUUUUGUAUUGGGUUUUAUUUCAAUAAAAUUACUCAAAAUGUUCUCCAUUUCUCGCUUUGUUGUAUUACACUCUUUUUUUUUAGAUUGUUAAUCAGUAAUCAGUACAAAUGGCAAAAGAUAUAUUAUUACAUAGUAGUAUUAAUUUACUAUUAAUGGUCGAAAUUCAAUAAAACAAAACCCACACAAGAGACUACGGACCCGUUUCCAGGUUUUGUCUUGCAUUUCGAAUUAACAAUUACAAGCUUAAAUGUUAAUAUGCUUAACUAUUAAAUGUAAAGUUAGCUUUAAAAACAAGUAGAAAAAAAAACACAUUUAGAAAAAAACACAUAGUGGGGGAGGGAUACAUAUGUAGAUUGGUUGGGGGUUCCCCUUGGCUUCUUUAGUUUUAAAUUUAAAUACAUUUUCGAUUGCAGUUAUCGGACGGGGUAGGGGCGGGGAAAACACAAAAGAAUACAAAGUAAGAGUACAAAAAUAAAAUACAAA